AUGGCGGCGCGAUGGAGCAGCGAGAACGUGGUGGUGGAGUUCCGCGACUCCCAGGCAACGGCGAUGUCUGUGGACUGUCUUGGGCAGCAUGCAGUGCUUUCUGGCCGCCGGUUCCUGUACAUCGUUAAUCUAGAUGCCCCUUUCGAAGGUCACCGCAAGAUCUCUCGCCAGAGCAAGUGGGACAUUGGAGCUGUGCAGUGGAAUCCUCACGACAGCUUUGCACACUACUUCGCGGCUUCGAGUAACCAACGGGUCGACCUCUAUAAGUGGAAAGACGGCAUUGGGGAAGUUGGCACAACCUUACAGGGCCAUACUCGUGUAAUCAGCGACUUGGACUGGGCAGUGUUUGAACCGGAUCUCCUCGUUACCAGCUCUGUGGAUACCUACAUCUACAUUUGGGAUAUCAAAGACACAAGGAAGCCUACCAUUGCACUGUCUGCUGUAGCGGGUGCCUCACAGGUCAAAUGGAAUAAAAAAAAUGCUAAUUGCCUUGCCACCAGUCAUGAUGGGGACGUACGGAUAUGGGACAAGCGGAAACCUAGCACAGCAGUGGAGUAUCUAGCAGCCCAUCUGUCCAAAAUCCACGGCCUGGACUGGCACCCAGACAGCGAGCACAUUCUUGCUACCUCCAGUCAAGAUAAUUCUGUCAAGUUCUGGGAUUACCGCCAGCCUCGGAAAUACCUCAAUAUUCUCCCUUGCCAGGUGCCUGUCUGGAAGGCCAGAUACACUCCGUUCAGCAACGGAUUGGUGACUGUGAUGGUCCCCCAGCUGCGGAGGGAGAACAGCCUCCUCUUGUGGAACGUCUUUGACUUGAACACGCCUGUCCACACCUUUGUGGGCCACGAUGACGUGGUGCUGGAGUUCCAGUGGAGGAAGCAGAAGGAAGGGUCCAAGGACUACCAGCUGGUUACGUGGUCACGGGAUCAGACCUUGAGAAUGUGGCGGGUGGAUUCCCAGAUGCAGAGGCUUUGUGCAAAUGACAUAUUAGAUGGUGUUGAUGAGUUCAUCGAGAGCAUUUCUCUUCUGCCGGAACCAGAGAAGACCCUUCACACUCAGGACACAGAUCACCAGCACAGCUCAAGCCAUGGAGAGGAAGAAGUCUUAAAGGAAGAUCCCCCGAGCAGUCUCCUGGAAGAGAAGAAAUCAGAUCAGCCGGGACUGCCUCAGACCCUGCAGCAGGAGUUCUCCCUGAUCAACGUGCAGAUCCGGAAUGUCAACGUGGAGAUGGACGCUGCGGAUAGGAGCUGCACAGUGUCUGUGCACUGUAGCAACCAUCGUGUCAAGAUGCUGGUGAAGUUCCCUGCGCAGUAUCCAAACAAUGCCGCCCCUUCCUUCCAGUUUAUCAAUCCCACGACCAUCACGUCCACAAUGAAAGCGAAGCUGCUAAAGAUCCUGAAAGACACUUCCCUGCAAAAAGUGAAACGCAACCAGAGUUGUUUGGAGCCCUGCCUGCGCCAGCUCGUCUCCUGUCUUGAGUCUUUCGUGAAUCAAGAGGACAGUGCUUCCAGCAACCCCUUUGCGCUCCCAAACUCCGUCACGCCACCCUUACCCACGUUUGCCCGGGUGACCACCGCCUACGGGUCCUACCAGGAUGCCAACAUCCCCUUCCCGAGGACCUCGGGGGCCAGGUUCUGUGGAGCAGGGUACCUGGUGUAUUUCACAAGGCCUAUGACGAUGCAUCGAGCGGUGUCCCCGACAGAACCUACUCCGAGAUCUCUCUCGGCCUUGUCUGCUUAUCACACUGGUUUGAUCGCGCCAAUGAAGAUCCGCACAGAGGCUCCUGGGAACCUUCGUUUAUACAGUGGGAGUCCCACUCGCAGUGAGAAAGAGCAGGUCUCCGUCAGCUCCUUCUACUACAAGGAGCGGAAAUCAAGGAGAUGGAAAAGCAAGCGCGAGGGAUCAGACUCUGGCAACCGACCAAUCAAGGCUGCUGGGAAAGUGGUCAUCCAGGAUAUUGCGUGCCUCCUUCCUGUUCACAAGUCACUGGGAGAGCUGUACAUAUUAAAUGUAAAUGAUAUUCAAGAAACGUGUCAGAAGAACGCCACUUCUGCCUUGCUUGUUGGAAGGAAGGAUCUUGUCCAGGUGUGGUCACUGGCUACAGUAGCUACAGAUCUUUGCCUUGGUCCGAAGUCUGAUCCAGAUUUGGAAACACCCUGGGCUCGGCAUCCCUUCGGGCGGCAGCUGCUGGAGUCACUGUUGGCUCAUUACUGCCAGCUCCGGGAUGUGCAGACGCUGGCCAUGCUCUGCAGUGUGUUUGAAGCCCAGUCCAGGCCUCAGGGGAUACCAAACCCUUUUGGGCCUUUUCCCAGUCGUUCUUCUAACCUGGUGGUGUCCCACAGUCGAUACCCCAGCUUCACCUCCUCUGGUUCCUGCUCAAGCAUGUCAGACCCCGGGCUCAUCACCAGUGGCUGGAACAUAGCAGGGAGAGAGAUAGAACACAUAUCUUCACCUUGGGGAGAGUCUUCACCGGAAGAAAUGCGCUUCGGGAGUCUGACCUACAGUGAUCCUCGGGAGCGAGAGCGUGACCAGCAUGACAAAAACAAAAGGCUCCUGGAUCCUGCUAAUACCCAGCAGUUUGAUGACUUUAAAAAAUGCUAUGGAGAAAUCCUCUAUCGCUGGGGUCUGAGAGAGAAGCGAGCCGAAGUGCUGAAGUUUGUUUCCUGUCCCCCUGACCCUCACAAAGGAAUCGAGUUCGGCGUGUACUGCAGCCACUGCCGGAGCGAGGUCCGCGGCACGCAGUGCACCAUCUGCAAGGGCUUCACGUUCCAGUGCGCCAUCUGCCACGUGGCCGUGCGGGGGUCGUCCAACUUCUGCCUGACCUGCGGGCACGGGGGACACACCAGCCACAUGAUGGAGUGGUUCCGGACCCAGGAGGUGUGUCCCACCGGGUGUGGGUGUCACUGCCUGCUCGAAAGCACUUUCUGA